AUGACAGAGGUCGGAGGAUUUCUCGGAUCUCUUGACUUGGAUUUACAAAGCUUUCCUGCACUCGGAAAUAUGCCCUUGGCUGAGUCGCCGGCUGGUUUGAAUGAACGAUUGGGACUGAUUGAGGGCAGGUUGCAGCGGGGUUCUUUAACGGAUUUUGGCCACCUCAAAGGAAUUUUGCGGCGAAGACAGUUGUACUGCCGAACUGGUUUCCAACUGGAGAUAUUUCCCAAUGGGACAGUGCACGGAACAAGACAGGACCACAGCAGAUUUGGGAUUCUGGAGUUCAUCAGUCUGGCCGUAGGGCUCGUCAGCAUUAGAGGAGUGGACGCCGGCCUGUACCUGGGAAUGAAUGAGAAGGGGGAGCUGUACGGAUCGAAGAAGCUCACAGCGGAGUGUGUGUUUCGGGAGCAGUUUGAGGAGAACUGGUACAACACCUACGCCUCCACUCAGUACAAGCACGCUGACACGGGGAGGUAUUACUACGUGGCCCUGAAUAAAGACGGCUCGCCCAGAGAGGGCUGUAGGACUAAAAAGCACCAGAAGCUAACUCACUUCUUGCCCAGGCCUGUGGAGAUUGAUAAGAUCCCCCAGGCUUACCGGGACUUGUUCCAGCACAGGUGA